GACACUGGUGCCCACGUGAUAGCCUUUUCGUGUUGGUUGCCAUUUUCGCCCGUAGGAGUAAUCAAACUGAAGUAAAAUGCAGAACGACGCCGGCGAAUUCGUGGACAUGUAUGUCCCUCGUAAAUGCUCUGCCAGCAACAGAAUCAUUAACGCCAAGGACCAUGCCUCCAUUCAGAUCAACUUUGCCGAGGUUGAUGAGACCACUGGCAGGAUGACUGGCAACUACAAGACCUAUGCCAUCUGUGGUGCAAUCAGGAGGAUGGGCGAAUCUGAUGACUGCUUAUUACGAUUGGCAAAGAAGGACAACAUGGUUGGAAAGAACUACUGAGAGGACAGUUUUGUAGCAUCAGUUAUUAUGUAAAAAGAAGCAAAAUAAAAUUAGAAAAUACA